UCACAGAGGCGCUGGAGCCUCUCUCCCAGCAAGGGCUAGUCAGUGUUCUCUUCUGACGUUCUUGGCUGCCCCGUGCCAGACCAGAGGGGGCCAUGGAGGGAGAGGAGAAGCAGCAACACUAUAAAGUAGAAGAUGCUGGUAUAGCAUGCAUAACUGAAAACAAAGAAGAAAUCAAACAUGAAAAAAGUCUUGGAAAAAGCACACAACACUCAAAACCCAGUGUGGACAGAAGACGUGUAGAUUAUGCUAAAUUCAUUAACACAAAUGCAAGAACAUACAAUGAGCCAGUUCCCUACAUUGAUCAUAAAGGACCAGCAAAGCAGAGAAAAUGGUGGUUACACAGUGAAGCACCAGUGUCUGUCUCCCAACCAUCUUACGACACCAAGAGCACCCAGAGGAGUGAUUUUCAAAAGCCAGCAUGCCCGCUGGUUUUGCCAGUCAAAUACAGCAGGCUGCAAAAGCCUACUUGUGGAAUAGUUCCACUUACCUGUCUGAGCUCAUCAGGAGAACAUGAAGACAAUUUUGUAGAAUACAUCUCCUUUAUACAUCAAUAUGAUGCCAGGAAAACUCCCAACGAGCCUAUCCGGGGAAAGAGACAUGGGACUUUUGUGCAGAGAGCAAUAAAGCCACCGACUGUGCCAAUAAUUCCUAAGGAACCAGAGGUAUUACCGAACACUCUAGGGUCACAUUCAUCAGAACAGCCCCAAAGAACAGAAGACGGAAACUCAUCAAGAGACAACAUGCCCUCACCAGGCACGUGCUGACAGAAUUCCCGAGAACUGCUGGAGACUUAGAAACAGAAGGCAGCCCAGGCCGGCAGGCCCAGAGCCUGGCGUGUGGGUGAGGACUUCAGGUGUGCUGCACUCAACUGUAAAGCCAGUCUUCUCACAAGCAUGGGCCUUUAAACCCACUAAUAAAGUCAGGACAAGUGA